ACGCGAGGAUGCGAAGCUGACCAUUGUCAGUUCUCUUAUCACCAUCGAGUUGUUAACAGCAAAAUUCUUGUGCCAGCUGAGCUCAAAAUUGAUCUUCAAGCAAUCCAGGUGGAAAAGUGGAAAAUUCGGAGGCCAUUCGAAAAGCAGUAGGAGCUUCGUUGGUGCGUUAGUGUGCGUGUGGAAAGCUUCGCUCGCCUAGCAGUGUGAGUGUGGAAGCGCAACACUUGGUUUUACUCGCUCUCUCUCUCCCGUUGGCCGAAGAGAGCGUGAGCAUUAAUUUCCUCCCCCGGGGCUGACGGCGCGAGUUUAGACAGACAGCCCCCGCCUGCAUCCCUCGCAGAAUCACUUGAAAAACUAUCCAAAACAAAAACUCCACCACCAUUACCACCACUACCAACACCCCCUUUCCUGAGAAACCGUUCGCAGAAAAGCUACUAAAAUUGCAACAGCAAUAGAAAUAACAGCUAUGCCUGAAGUGUUGCCACUUUCUGGCAUGGCUGAUGCCGAGCCGGAUCUGUCCACGUUCGAAAACAAGUCAGGUCUGGCGGAGGACAUGAAGUUCCUUGCCUCGAUGCCGGAGCUAUGCGAUGUGACGUUUCUGGUCGGUGAAACCCGGGAACCGGUCUGUGCCGUAAAAGCUGUCCUGGCAGCACGGUCCCGUGUCUUCCAGAAGAUGCUGUACCAGGCACCUUCACCCCAACGAAAAAAGGAACCACCCCCGAGGGAGAACAAACUGCGACUAUUUUUGAAACGAUCCUCGGAACCAUUGCUGAACUUGCAGAAUGCGGCUCAACAGCGAAGUGGCUUCAAUCAGCAGCUGGCGCCAAUCGCCGAGGUAAAAGAAAAAUCCUAGAAAUGAGUCCGUACAGUCCCAGAGCUAUUAGAUCUCUUGAUGGUGUUUUAAUCAUUUCGGCUAGCUAGCUAUAGAUAGGCGCAGUUGUUCUGUUUUCUCUUUGGCUUGGCUAAGUAAUGCAUGUCUCAGUGUUUCGUUUUAUCGGUUCAACGUAUGAUAAAUCAUCAAUUAGUUGUAUAGUGCGCAUCGUACCUUCGUGCUGUGCGUACACGAAUUCUCUCUGCUCUUGGAAGU